AUGGUCAACGCGCGGCGAUGUCUCUGUACCGCGUGCCUUACUGCUGAAAUGAAACGGGCCACCAGGGCCGACGCGACGGCAACAGGGACAGCUGCAUUGAAAGGGAGGAGACGGAGGCAAGCGGGAGGAGACGGAGGCAAGCGGGAGGAGACGGAGGCAAGCGGGAGGAGACGGAGGCAAGCGGGAGGAGACGGAGGCAAGCGGGAGGAGACGGAGGCAAGCGGGAGGAGACGGAGGCAAGCGGGAGGAGACGGAGGCAAGCGGGAGGAGACGGAGGCAAGCGGGAGGAGACGGAGGCAAGCGGGAGGAGACGGAGGCAAGCGGGAGGAGACGGAGGCAAGCGGGAGGAGACGGAGGCAAGCGGGAGGAGACGGAGGCAAGCGGGAGGAGACGGAGGCAAGCGGGAGGAGACGGAGGCAAGCGGGAGGAGACGGAGGCAAGCGGGAGGAGACGGAGGCAAGCGGGAGGAGACGGAGGCAAGCGGGAGGAGACGGAGGCAAGCGGGAGGAGACGGAGGCAAGCGGGAGGAGACGGAGGCAAGCGGGAGGAGACGGAGGCAAGCGGGAGGAGACGGAGGCAAGCGGGAGGAGACGGAGGCAAGCGGGAGGAGACGGAGGCAAGCGGGAGGAGACGGAGGCAAGCGGGAGGAGACGGAGGCAAGCGGGAGGAGACGGAGGCAAGCGGGAGGAGACGGAGGCAAGCGGGAGGAGACGGAGGCAAGCGGGAGGAGACGGAGGCAAGCGGGAGGAGACGGAGGCAAGCGGGAGGAGACGGAGGCAAGCGGGAGGAGACGGAGGCAAGCGGGAGGAGACGGAGGCAAGCGGGAGGAGACGGAGGCAAGCGGGAGGAGACGGAGGCAAGCGGGAGGAGACGGAGGCAAGCGGGAGGAGACGGAGGCAAGCGGGAGGAGACGGAGGCAAGCGGGAGGAGACGGAGGCAAGCGGGAGGAGACGGAGGCAAGCGGGAGGAGACGGAGGCAAGCGGGAGGAGACGGAGGCAAGCGGGAGGAGACGGAGGCAAGCGGGAGGAGACGGAGGCAAGCGGGAGGAGACGGAGGCAAGCGGGAGGAGACGGAGGCAAGCGGGAGGAGACGGAGGCAAGCGGGAGGAGACGGAGGCAAGCGGGAGGAGACGGAGGCAAGCGGGAGGAGACGGAGGCAAGCGGGAGGAGACGGAGGCAAGCGGGAGGAGACGGAGGCAAGCGGGAGGAGACGGAGGCAAGCGGGAGGAGACGGAGGCAAGCGGGAGGAGACGGAGGCAAGCGGGAGGAGACGGAGGCAAGCGGGAGGAGACGGAGGCAAGCGGGAGGAGACGGAGGCAAGCGGGAGGAGACGGAGGCAAGCGGGAGGAGACGGAGGCAAGCGGGAGGAGACGGAGGCAAGCGGGAGGAGACGGAGGCAAGCGGGAGGAGACGGAGGCAAGCGGGAGGAGACGGAGGCAAGCGGGAGGAGACGGAGGCAAGCGGGAGGAGACGGAGGCAAGCGGGAGGAGACGGAGGCAAGCGGGAGGAGACGGAGGCAAGCGGGAGGAGACGGAGGCAAGCGGGAGGAGACGGAGGCAAGCGGGAGGAGACGGAGGCAAGCGGGAGGAGACGGAGGCAAGCGGGAGGAGACGGAGGCAAGCGGGAGGAGACGGAGGCAAGCGGGAGGAGACGGAGGCAAGCGGGAGGAGACGGAGGCAAGCGGGAGGAGACGGAGGCAAGCGGGAGGAGACGGAGGCAAGCGGGAGGAGACGGAGGCAAGCGGGAGGAGACGGAGGCAAGCGGGAGGAGACGGAGGCAAGCGGGAGGAGACGGAGGCAAGCGGGAGGAGACGGAGGCAAGCGGGAGGAGACGGAGGCAAGCGGGAGGAGACGGAGGCAAGCGGGAGGAGACGGAGGCAAGCGGGAGGAGACGGAGGCAAGCGGGAGGAGACGGAGGCAAGCGGGAGGAGACGGAGGCAAGCGGGAGGAGACGGAGGCAAGCGGGAGGAGACGGAGGCAAGCGGGAGGAGACGGAGGCAAGCGGGAGGAGACGGAGGCAAGCGGGAGGAGACGGAGGCAAGCGGGAGGAGACGGAGGCAAGCGGGAGGAGACGGAGGCAAGCGGGAGGAGACGGAGGCAAGCGGGAGGAGACGGAGGCAAGCGGGAGGAGACGGAGGCAAGCGGGAGGAGACGGAGGCAAGCGGGAGGAGACGGAGGCAAGCGGGAGGAGACGGAGGCAAGCGGGAGGAGACGGAGGCAAGCGGGAGGAGACGGAGGCAAGCGGGAGGAGACGGAGGCAAGCGGGAGGAGACGGAGGCAAGCGGGAGGAGACGGAGGCAAGCGGGAGGAGACGGAGGCAAGCGGGAGGAGACGGAGGCAAGCGGGAGGAGACGGAGGCAAGCGGGAGGAGACGGAGGCAAGCGGGAGGAGACGGAGGCAAGCGGGAGGAGACGGAGGCAAGCGGGAGGAGACGGAGGCAAGCGGGAGGAGACGGAGGCAAGCGGGAGGAGACGGAGGCAAGCGGGAGGAGACGGAGGCAAGCGGGAGGAGACGGAGGCAAGCGGGAGGAGACGGAGGCAAGCGGGAGGAGACGGAGGCAAGCGGGAGGAGACGGAGGCAAGCGGGAGGAGACGGAGGCAAGCGGGAGGAGACGGAGGCAAGCGGGAGGAGACGGAGGCAAGCGGGAGGAGACGGAGGCAAGCGGGAGGAGACGGAGGCAAGCGGGAGGAGACGGAGGCAAGCGGGAGGAGACGGAGGCAAGCGGGAGGAGACGGAGGCAAGCGGGAGGAGACGGAGGCAAGCGGGAGGAGACGGAGGCAAGCGGGAGGAGACGGAGGCAAGCGGGAGGAGACGGAGGCAAGCGGGAGGAGACGGAGGCAAGCGGGAGGAGACGGAGGCAAGCGGGAGGAGACGGAGGCAAGCGGGAGGAGACGGAGGCAAGCGGGAGGAGACGGAGGCAAGCGGGAGGAGACGGAGGCAAGCGGGAGGAGACGGAGGCAAGCGGGAGGAGACGGAGGCAAGCGGGAGGAGACGGAGGCAAGCGGGAGGAGACGGAGGCAAGCGGGAGGAGACGGAGGCAAGCGGGAGGAGACGGAGGCAAGCGGGAGGAGACGGAGGCAAGCGGGAGGAGACGGAGGCAAGCGGGAGGAGACGGAGGCAAGCGGGAGGAGACGGAGGCAAGCGGGAGGAGACGGAGGCAAGCGGGAGGAGACGGAGGCAAGCGGGAGGAGACGGAGGCAAGCGGGAGGAGACGGAGGCAAGCGGGAGGAGACGGAGGCAAGCGGGAGGAGACGGAGGCAAGCGGGAGGAGACGGAGGCAAGCGGGAGGAGACGGAGGCAAGCGGGAGGAGACGGAGGCAAGCGGGAGGAGACGGAGGCAAGCGGGAGGAGACGGAGGCAAGCGGGAGGAGACGGAGGCAAGCGGGAGGAGACGGAGGCAAGCGGGAGGAGACGGAGGCAAGCGGGAGGAGACGGAGGCAAGCGGGAGGAGACGGAGGCAAGCGGGAGGAGACGGAGGCAAGCGGGAGGAGACGGAGGCAAGCGGGAGGAGACGGAGGCAAGCGGGAGGAGACGGAGGCAAGCGGGAGGAGACGGAGGCAAGCGGGAGGAGACGGAGGCAAGCGGGAGGAGACGGAGGCAAGCGGGAGGAGACGGAGGCAAGCGGGAGGAGACGGAGGCAAGCGGGAGGAGACGGAGGCAAGCGGGAGGAGACGGAGGCAAGCGGGAGGAGACGGAGGCAAGCGGGAGGAGACGGAGGCAAGCGGGAGGAGACGGAGGCAAGCGGGAGGAGACGGAGGCAAGCGGGAGGAGACGGAGGCAAGCGGGAGGAGACGGAGGCAAGCGGGAGGAGACGGAGGCAAGCGGGAGGAGACGGAGGCAAGCGGGAGGAGACGGAGGCAAGCGGGAGGAGACGGAGGCAAGCGGGAGGAGACGGAGGCAAGCGGGAGGAGACGGAGGCAAGCGGGAGGAGACGGAGGCAAGCGGGAGGAGACGGAGGCAAGCGGGAGGAGACGGAGGCAAGCGGGAGGAGACGGAGGCAAGCGGGAGGAGACGGAGGCAAGCGGGAGGAGACGGAGGCAAGCGGGAGGAGACGGAGGCAAGCGGGAGGAGACGGAGGCAAGCGGGAGGAGACGGAGGCAAGCGGGAGGAGACGGAGGCAAGCGGGAGGAGACGGAGGCAAGCGGGAGGAGACGGAGGCAAGCGGGAGGAGACGGAGGCAAGCGGGAGGAGACGGAGGCAAGCGGGAGGAGACGGAGGCAAGCGGGAGGAGACGGAGGCAAGCGGGAGGAGACGGAGGCAAGCGGGAGGAGACGGAGGCAAGCGGGAGGAGACGGAGGCAAGCGGGAGGAGACGGAGGCAAGCGGGAGGAGACGGAGGCAAGCGGGAGGAGACGGAGGCAAGCGGGAGGAGACGGAGGCAAGCGGGAGGAGACGGAGGCAAGCGGGAGGAGACGGAGGCAAGCGGGAGGAGACGGAGGCAAGCGGGAGGAGACGGAGGCAAGCGGGAGGAGACGGAGGCAAGCGGGAGGAGACGGAGGCAAGCGGGAGGAGACGGAGGCAAGCGGGAGGAGACGGAGGCAAGCGGGAGGAGACGGAGGCAAGCGGGAGGAGACGGAGGCAAGCGGGAGGAGACGGAGGCAAGCGGGAGGAGACGGAGGCAAGCGGGAGGAGACGGAGGCAAGCGGGAGGAGACGGAGGCAAGCGGGAGGAGACGGAGGCAAGCGGGAGGAGACGGAGGCAAGCGGGAGGAGACGGAGGCAAGCGGGAGGAGACGGAGGCAAGCGGGAGGAGACGGAGGCAAGCGGGAGGAGACGGAGGCAAGCGGGAGGAGACGGAGGCAAGCGGGAGGAGACGGAGGCAAGCGGGAGGAGACGGAGGCAAGCGGGAGGAGACGGAGGCAAGCGGGAGGAGACGGAGGCAAGCGGGAGGAGACGGAGGCAAGCGGGAGGAGACGGAGGCAAGCGGGAGGAGACGGAGGCAAGCGGGAGGAGACGGAGGCAAGCGGGAGGAGACGGAGGCAAGCGGGAGGAGACGGAGGCAAGCGGGAGGAGACGGAGGCAAGCGGGAGGAGACGGAGGCAAGCGGGAGGAGACGGAGGCAAGCGGGAGGAGACGGAGGCAAGCGGGAGGAGACGGAGGCAAGCGGGAGGAGACGGAGGCAAGCGGGAGGAGACGGAGGCAAGCGGGAGGAGACGGAGGCAAGCGGGAGGAGACGGAGGCAAGCGGGAGGAGACGGAGGCAAGCGGGAGGAGACGGAGGCAAGCGGGAGGAGACGGAGGCAAGCGGGAGGAGACGGAGGCAAGCGGGAGGAGACGGAGGCAAGCGGGAGGAGACGGAGGCAAGCGGGAGGAGACGGAGGCAAGCGGGAGGAGACGGAGGCAAGCGGGAGGAGACGGAGGCAAGCGGGAGGAGACGGAGGCAAGCGGGAGGAGACGGAGGCAAGCGGGAGGAGACGGAGGCAAGCGGGAGGAGACGGAGGCAAGCGGGAGGAGACGGAGGCAAGCGGGAGGAGACGGAGGCAAGCGGGAGGAGACGGAGGCAAGCGGGAGGAGACGGAGGCAAGCGGGAGGAGACGGAGGCAAGCGGGAGGAGACGGAGGCAAGCGGGAGGAGACGGAGGCAAGCGGGAGGAGACGGAGGCAAGCGGGAGGAGACGGAGGCAAGCGGGAGGAGACGGAGGCAAGCGGGAGGAGACGGAGGCAAGCGGGAGGAGACGGAGGCAAGUAAACAUUAA